AUGUCUCAAGGUAGAAAAGCUGCUGAAAGACUCGCAGGUAAAACUGUGUUCAUCACCGGUGCUUCUGCGGGAAUUGGGCAAGCCACUGCUUUAGAAUAUCUAGACGCAUCCAACGGAAACUUGAAACUUAUUCUGGCAGCCAGAAGACUGGAAAAGUUGCAGGAACUGCAACAGACCAUUCAGAAAAGCUAUCCUGAGGCCAAGGUCUUCGUUGGUCAAUUGGAUGUGACAGAAACUGCGAAAAUUCAAUCUUUUGUGGACGAGCUGCCCGAAGAAUUCAAGGACAUAGAUAUUCUGAUCAACAAUGCCGGAAAAGCUCUGGGAUCUGAUCCUGUGGGCAAAAUCUCGCCUCAGGACAUUGCUGGGAUGAUGGACACCAAUGUUUUGGGACUCAUCAACGUCACACAAGCAGUGCUACCUAUUUUCCAGGCUAAAAAUUCUGGAGACAUCGUGAAUUUGGGUUCGGUCGCUGGCCGCGAAGCCUAUCCAACAGGUGCCAUCUAUUGCGCCACAAAACACGCGGUGCGGGCAUUCACGCAAAGUCUCCGCAAAGAAUUGAUCAGCACAAAGAUUAGAGUCAUCGAAAUCGAUCCCGGUAACGUGGAAACUGAAUUCUCCAUGGUCAGGUACAAGGGCGACUCCGACCGUGCCAACAAAGUUUACGAGGGCACCGAACCUCUUGUUGCCGAAGAUAUCGCCGAUUUGAUCGUAUACAGUACAUCCAGAAAGGCUAACACGGUCAUUGCAGAUGUUUUGGUCUUCGCUACAAACCAGGCCUCUCCAUACCAUCUGCACCGUAAUUGA